AUGACAAAAGUGAUAGCAAACACCACCAACUGCUUACAGUUCGAUCAGAAUGGAUUCUGUCUCAUCAUGCUGCCGGUCGAAGCGGGAAUGAUCGUCGGAAUCGUCAUCGCCGCCAUCGCCCUACUGAUUUUCGGCAUUAUUGGUAUCUGCUGUUACAUUAACAGAAAACAAAAACAGGAGAACAAACUCUACCAACUGAAACUCGCCCAGCUCGAACGCGAGAAGGGAUGUCGAUAUCCUGACCUCCCGAAACGGCAUGACAUUUGGGAAAUCGAACGUCGUAAUCUGAUCAUAUUCGAUGAGGUGAAGCUCGGAUCUGGUGCUUUUGGAGCUGUAUACCUUGGUAAGCUUCUUGGCAAGUCGCUAGGACACAAGGAUUCCACUUCGCCUUUGGGAGUAAAUCUUAUGAGAGCAGAAAACUGUCAGGUGGCCGUGAAAAUGCUGCCGGAGUACGCAGACGAGAUGUCAAGAAGUGAUUUCUUGAGAGAAAUUGGGCUGAUGAAAACACUUGGAUACCAUGAAAGAUUAGUCAAUAUGCUGGCAUGCAUAACGGAAUCUGAACCACUUUGCCUUAUCGUGGAAUACUGUAGCGACGGCGACUUACUGCGAUUUCUACGUGAGCGAUGUAAAUACAUGAUGAAGCUUGACGCAGCUGGUGUGAAUUAUCACGAACCACCAAUCGAUAACAGUUACGAUAUUGACAUGGUGAUCACCUUGAAGCAACUGCUCAUGUUCGCCGUACAAGUCAGCUACGGGCUGGAAUACUUGUCAUCAAAGGGCUUCGUUCAUCGAGAUGUGGCUGCACGUAAUGUCCUUGUUCACGGGAAAAACGCUUGUAAAAUUGGCGAUUUUGGUCUCUGUCGAAACUUGUACGCAGACAAUUCACUCUACAAAAGCAAGGGUGGACGUCUGCCGUUGAAGUGGAUGUCACCGGAGGCAAUUCGGCAUUACGAAUUUUCAGCACAAAGCGAUGUAUGGGCCUUCGGUGUGCUUCUCUUCGAAAUUAUUACACUUGGAGGUUCACCUUACCCCUCCGUCUCUCCUGAAGAAAUGCUACCAUUUUUGGAGAAUGGUGGCCGAAUGGAGCGUCCUGAUAAUUGCCCUGAAAACUUCUACGAGGUAAUGUGCGAGUGUUGGACUGUAGAUCCGCGGUUACGGCCGGAUUUCUCAGUGAUUCGGCAGAAGUUGGCCUCUCUAUUGGAGGAAAUUACGGAAGAAUACAGUUACCUAACUCUGGACGCCCAGAAAGACUACUAUAAUGUACAGUAUGGAGAUCAAAAGCCGGACGUCAUCGUGAUCCCCGAAUCGGAACUGAUAUCGAUCGAGCCAAUGAAGAAGACGUUGAGCACAUCAAUGUUAUCGAUCGACAGCCUUCCAGUCGAUGACGUGACCGCAUGGAGUGAUGACAAUUCAGAGAAGGAUUUGGAGGCAGAUGAUGUCACCAGACGGAAAACUGUUUCGGGUGAUACGGGCGAUUCAAUGUUGGGUGCAGAUAAUUCCGCCUAUAAAGGCGAUUCAUUAUAA